AUUUUCUAACUUCAAGAGGUUUUCGUAGUUAGACAUAUCGUAAGAAAAUGACCGGAAAUUCUCCCGAGCCCGAUUUGGGUCGUGCGCCUGAGAACGAAAAUAACCCAGACCACGAUGGGUUCACUGCUGAUUUAACCGAUAGAGACCUGGUUGAUGUAGAAGAUAAUGAAGAGCCACAAGAAAUCAGACCAAAUGGUUAUGAACUUCUACCAACUUCAAAUUGUGACGAUGAAGAUGACGAUGUGGAAUUCGGGUACAGCACUUAUGAUGGUCAGGAAUUCCAGAUUAGAACAAGCCAUGAUUACCAUAACCUAGUGACUAUAGAGACUUCAACUCCAGCUGUAAGCUGUAGUGAUAAACCUAGCAUUCCACUUGACACUGUGCAAAUUGAAACUAUCAAGUCAAUAAUGUCAAAAGUAAUACUUCCAAAUUCAGCUAUUCCAGUUUGGGCCCACUCAAUAACUGAUGAACAACUUAAGCAGGUGGUUGAUGAGAAAGUUGGGAAGGAGGCAGAUGACACUUGGGCAGUAUUUGAUUGAAAUUUUGCAAAUUCAAAUUUGGAGAGUGAUCUUGAAUAAACUAUAAAACAAAAG